UCACUCGCAGUUUCGAGCCAAGUUUUCUGCCAUGCACACGACCGAACUUUGAUAAUAUAUUUUUUUUUCGAACUUAGGUUUAAGGAUAUUUAUUACGAACGUUUAAGUGUGCUUAGUGUAAUGUUUCUGUGAGUUAUUUAUUCUAAACGACGUAUGUUUGUGUAUUCAGUGUGAUUUUAGCGAAUAGUCAUGGCGACUUACGAUAAUGCUACUGUCGAAGCCACGAUCUCUGCCACAGUCUCGGACAACGAUGACGACGAUCCCCACACAACCAAUACCCUCCCUACGUCCGACGAUGGUGCGCAGUAUCGUGCAUCUGGAGAGUCGAUGGUGACGAUGACGAUGGUCAGUCAAGGAAAGAAGGAGGAGAAAGAAAAUCCCACGUCACACACAGAAGAUAAGGAGGAACAGAAGAGAUCACUCCCCUUCAUCAGGAUACCAAAACUGAAGCGCGAGAAGUCUUACUCUGAGACUCUCGAGAGGAAGAAGAAGAGAGUCAAGUUCUCCCCCAACGAUGGCGACAAUGACGUCAUAGUAGACACACGCGUGUUUGAGCCCCAGCUGGUCGACUCGUGCCAGAGGGAAGACGCGGGCAAAGAUGAUAACGUGGUGUCCUCGACGAUAAAGAAACUCCUGAGAAAGAGUUCAAAGAAGAGAAAGGCGAGUAUUGAAACACAGACGGAAGAGAAGAAAGAUGAAGACAAGGAUAAACACGAUCACAAGGUCAGGAAAGGUGAUCAAGAAACACCUGAAGGAGAAUUAAGUAUCCUGGGUGACGUGGAGCCGCCUUCCCCUGACAGCCAGAGUGAACAGGAGGGUGACGAACCUCUCGAUAUUGAUGCCAGUGACCACACAGGUAACGUCAGCUCUCCAGACAGUAAUAUACCGAAAUCUCCACCUGCCAGAGCCUCAGAUGAGUCCUUGAGCCUCAUGCAGCCUUCCUCCGGGUUAGUCACAGCUAAUACAGGUGACGGUGCCAACUGUGACGUCAGUGCUGAGGCCGUGGUGCCAACAGUGCCAUGUCCUACGAAGAAAGAAGGUGAAGACGUGACAAAGUCUGAUAGCAAUGAACCUUGUUUGUCUACCUUAGAGAGACACACAGAUACAGCAGUACCUGAAGUUAAUAAUGACUCCGACCAGAGGAUAAAUAGUCUAAAUCAGACUCUUAAUAAUUCAAGGAAAUUCCCUGAUGAGAAAUAUGAAUAUGAUGCAGGAGUUCCCCGUCAGGUUGCCUCUCUCUCGGAAGAGCAGGAGCUGGAAAUAAGUGAAUUCAGCAAAAGUGGCGAGGAACUACUGACCCUAGCCAUAUCAAACGACUCUAGUCCCACAUCCUCUCAGGUGACCGUCAAGCGUGAGGGCACCUUCACCUUGGACGGUUCCCCUCCAGCCAAAAUCACGAAGCCAUCCUGCGACGCUGAUGGUGCGGUCGCUGAGGGUACGGUCCCCAAACUGCCCCCAAGAGACAGUCUCAUGGAACCUCUCCAGUUCUUUGUUGACCUCAACGUACCAGAACUAUUAGCGUUAAAAGAUUCUCCUGAAGUUCUUUUGGCUUCAGAAAAUAAGAACAAUAAGGAUUCUGUUGUACCAGUAGCUAAGAUUUCUCCAAGAACAAGUAAACCUAGCAAGCCAAUAGGCAGUAAUAAAAAGACUGAUGAUCAGAAUUCUUCCAUAACAACUUUAAAGAACAAUGCCAAGAGAACUUUUGUAAACGCUUGGAGAACAGCCACUAAGACACAGGAGACUCUGAACAAUCCCUUGAAACCUGUGCUGAAGACUCCUCGAGAACCAUCAACACCGAGGUCGUCCCCAGCUAAAUUAGCCCAGGCGAAAACCCCCAGGACCAACACGGUCCGGAAGCAGACCGACGCCAAGACCUCGAAGUCCGUGACCUGGGAUAGGCAGCUGAUACCGAAGAAGGAACCUCGAGAGCCUCCUGGUGGACGUAGCCGGGAGCCCACCAGGAGUCUUCCCCGCCAGGAGUCUGCGAGGUCACCCCCAGAGAGGAGCUCAGUAUGGGGUGGGGUGUCGCUGCCAACCUUCAGGAGGGAGGGAACCUUCACCAAGAAGUACGACUCCGAGAGGGACCGCCUGCAGGCCGAGUGUAACAGACUCAGCGUCGAGAAGGAAAGGCUUCAGAGCGAACUGAGUGAGGCACGCACGAGGCUGGAGGAAGAGGCAGUGGCCAGGAAGGCUCUAAGACGCACGCACGACCUCAACCUGAGACACCUGAGGGAGGGCGAACUCAGGAGGACCGAGUUACUCCUUGGAGACAUGAAGAAUAGACUGGAGGACGAGAAACGCGAGGCUCUGGCGCAACAGAAGGAGGCGCUGACGAGAACCCACGAAUCCGACUUGAUGCGGGUAGACCGGGAGAGGGACGAGGACUACCGGCGGCUGCUACAGGAGGCCAGGAACACCCAAGAGAAACUCAAGGCCGAGAUACGACGAGAAUCUUACAGAUCUGAACAUCCUCCCUUGCAGUGUUGCCACAGUACAGAUCGUGACCUGGAUAGAUUGAAUCGAGAUUUGUCAACGCUGCGCGAACACAAGAAGCGACUGGAGGAAGCAGUUCUGACCCUUCAGGAGACAGAGCGUAAGCGUGCCAGUGAGCUCCGGAGACUGCACGAGGAGCACGAAGCUGCCAUCGCUAAGAUACAUAGAGGCAACAAGUCCGAGGCAGCGCGACUGCUGGAUGAACUUCGGGCCAAGGAGCGGACCAUCGGCCAGUUGGAACGGCAGGUCAGCGCACAGUCCGCCAAACUCCGCCUACACGAUGAGAAGCAACGCGAGGGAAGCAACGAUCGAGGCGAGGAUGUUACCAGGAGGCAAACGGUACGUAUCAUUACUGAGGAGAAGAGGGAACUAAGUGACAGGAGACAGAGAACGUCUCGCGGCGGAGGGUCUGGUGCGUCCAAUAAGAAGCAGAGAGAAACUUGUAACAGCAGUACUAAGGAUGGCCGCCCCCGCGAGAAGGAGCCAUGUGUCAGCCACAACAACAACACCACCACCACUCGCCACCACCACCACCAUCUCCAACCCAACCAACCAGGCAGCGGACGACCAGAGAGCGUAGUGGAGAAGACUACGACUACUACCCCAGACGACCACGACCACAUCGCCCAGCCACCACCACCACCAGCCAUGGCAGCGGAGGUCGACCAGAUCAGGGUUCACCUACAGCAGCAGAAUACCCAAAUUGAGGAACAGAUUCAGCAGAUAGUAUUACAGAGGCAAGAGUGGGAGGAUGAACGGCAGCAGUUACUCAAGCGUUUGGAACAACAGCAGGAGCAGUUCGAAGCGGAGAAACAGAAAUAUGAAGAACAGCUGGAGGAUAAAUUACUACAGGUGGAGGAGCAGAAGCAAGUGAUGGAGGCGCAGAAGCAUGUGAUGGAGGAACAGAAACAGGUCAUGGAGGAACAGCAGCUGAGGAUUGAGGAUCUCGCUGAGGAGAUUAUGGAGCGGGAGUGCCUAGUACCUCCUCCCCCUACGUCGUGGCCCCCGAGGAGGGAGUCCUGCGUCAAGGUGUGUGAGCUGCCCACGGUACUGGAACUAAAUAGCGAAGAUGAGAGCACGCCCACAUCCACCACGCCUACCACGCCCACCACGCCCACCAAGCCUCAGCAGAACCACGCCCUUGAUCAAUUCUCGGCCUUCACUCUGGAGGAGCCGUGUGCGCCCUCAGCCCUUCUCACGCCCACCACUCCAGGCACCGAACCACCAGAUUGGCCUAAGGUUAAUGAGAAGGAAAUCGACAACCAGUUUGUUCACCUGUCAAGAGAACACCAGGAGCUGCAGAAGUCGUAUCAGCUGCUGGCAUCCACCUCAGCGGCCGGCUCACCUGUCGUCGAUUUCUCGGGCAAAGAGGGUCCGGCGACGUGGUGGUUGUCGGCUCGAGUGCUGGAACUGGAAGCCCUGGCGGCGACACUGAGGGUGGAGCUGCAGGAGACGAGGGACCAGGCUGACCUGCUGGAGUUCCGCUGUCUGGAGCUGACCGAGGGCGCUGACAGGGGAUCAGAGUCGGUUGCAACGGUAGAAACGCGCGACCAAUCAACUAGCACCGACUUGGAUGACGUCAGUAGUGCUGUAACCAAUGAGGACUUGUCGCUGCCGCUCUCUAUAGAUUCGGGAGUCGACAUAUCCAACGAUUAUAAGAAGGCGCGCGUGUCUGAAGGGCGGGUGUGGCUGGCUCAGCUAUCCCGCGCGGCCGGCGACCAGGAGAAUCCCGCCGCCCACCACCUGGCCGCCCUCCUCGACUGGGUGGCUGCCCUUCCCACUCACACCCAUCAUGCCUUGUCUUCACCCAUGAGCCCCACUCUGGCCACGCCCACGCCCACACCCAAGAAUAGGAUGGGCGUGGAGGAGCUAGGCUGUGACCUAGGGCGGGACCUGAUGCUGCUGGCCGCCCGCCUGCAGGAGUCUCUUACAGACCCUGCUGCCCAGGAGCCCGUCCUGCUUGACACCAUCACGAAACUACGUAUGCUUGACAGCACCCUAUCAGAGCUUCAGGAACGUGUGGUGAACCUGACGGAGGAAAAUCGUGAGUUACAGGAGGCGGUAACAAACCUAAGUGAGGCUCACGAGACGCGGACCGAGGCAUCUGGGACGGAGAGUGAACUGGUGCACCGCAAGACGCCGUCCAUACACUCGGACCUGAGCGACGCUGAGAGUGACUCCCCAGAACAUGUCCAGCAGCACCGGCCUGUCAAGAUGGUGACUGCCUUAGACGCCACCACCAGUUUCCAGGAGUCUGGGAUCUUCGACACGUCUUGCGAGCUGGUUCACGUCACCACACAGACCGACCUGUCACAGGUGUCUGUGUUGGAUCAUGAGGUCGACCUCGACAAGUCUGAGUGUGACAUCCAGCAGGCGGAGGUUGACCUACAGAGUGCCGUGGCUCGCCUGGCUGCCAUAAGGUCUACUGUACAGGGUCGCGACCUGAGACACCUGAGACUCCAAGACCUACAGGAGAGUGAUGAAUACCUCAAGGCGGCCCUGGAUGACGAGCGGGUGAGUCUGACUAAGCUGGAGUAUGACAGCAUCGUGGAGGGUGAGCGGUGUCUUCAGCGGGAACUUGAACACCUCAAGUGCGAGAAGGAACAGCUGAUACUCGAGUGUGAAUCCAUCAAGGAUCAGUUUAGAAAAUACAGCUCAGGCCAUGGGACAGACGCAGAAGAAGCCCUGAAGGGUGAGAUUCGCGUCCUGAGGCAGCGACUUACAGCGUCUGAGAGAGCGCGACGAGAGGUAUUUGAUGAAAAGUGUGAACUGGAAGAGGAGGAAAACGACUCGCGUCUUAUGGUUCAGAGGUUGGAGUCACAGAUGGAGGCAGCACGGGAGAUGGAGAAUCUGCUCAGUGCUUCUCUAUCCCAGGAACAGGAGAUCUCCAGAGAGCUACACCGACGAGUCAGAGAUUUACAGGUACUUGAGAAGGAACACCGAGGGCGUUUUGUGAAGUUAGAAUCUGUAAUUCGCAGAGCUGAAGAAAAAGCAUCUAACCUUGCCAAGGCCAGAGAUGCACUGGCUAUGCAGCUCAAUUUUGCAACUUAUGGGCUACUUAUAGCUGAUUACUGGAGACAUAUGGUACCACAGUCAACUGCUGCCCUCGUCCCAUACAGUGACAAGUCACUGCAAGUGUUUCCCGGAAACUACCCCACGAAGACCCACAACAUGGGGGAAAGUUACUCUGAAAAUGCCAUUAAAAGUGUGUCUGUGUGUGAUGUCUGCAAACAAACCUGUCUAGAGCUCCCCAAAAGAAAUGCUGGUGUACAGACCCAGUUUGAGUACCAGAGUAAGUCCACAGCAAAUUAUCAGCUUCAUCCUGAGGAACACGGCCAUCGACGAGCUGCUGAUGAGAAGGAUGAGGAUGAACCUGUCAAUAAACGACCAAGAAACAUAUCUACCAGGAGCCAGGCCACGAUGACCCAAAAGACAGAGUCCCUCUCUGAACGUGAACAGUACUACCUAGAGCAGAUUGAGUUCUUGCAAAAGGAGAAAAUCAAUCUUAGAAAGGGUCAAGAUAAUGACAGGCGUGACUCUCUACAGCAGCACCGUGAUUUAGAAGGCGAAAUUAAUGACGUAAGACUUCAACUCGAGGAAGCUGCACGUGAUAAAUGCAGUCUGUUAUUUCGCUUAGAAGAAGCUCAGGAUGAAAAGGAAGAAGUCAGACGUAAUUUACUUUUACGUAUAGAAGAACUGAAGGGUGAUAUGUCUCGUUACAAUGAUCUCCAUGAAUUGGAAAAGAAAACACUUCGUCAGGAGUUUGACGCUCGGCUCCAGGGGGUGCAGAAGGAACGCAACCAUCAAGAAGAGCGAGUGCGACAGUUGGAACUCCAGCUUUCAACCUUGAGGCAGGAGCUAGAGAUAGUUGGUGUUUCCAUAGCAAAUGAUCUCGUUGAUAUGGAUUCACACAUGGAAAAUGUCUUGUCGUGCGGUAGAAAGUCGCCAACGAAGCAUAGUGAAGAUAAUAGCGACCUUUUAGAUAAGAUCAGAGAAUUAGUUAAAUCAGAAACGAAUCUCAGACAAAAAAUUUAUGAUCUUGAGAAAAAGGAAUGUGCAUACCGUGAGACAAUAAGAGAAGCUGACAAGAUCAUGUCCAGCCAUGUAACAUCAUACAAGCAACGAAUAGAAGAUCUGGAGGCUGCCGCAGAUCAACAGUCUUUGAAAAUUCACCAGUUGGAGACGUCUGAGGAACGCUUGAGGACAAGUUUAAGAAAUAAUGCAAGAACUAGUGAAGGUGCACGUAUCUCUGACCUUUUGGACCACCUCAUUGAAACUGAAAAUUCUGAACUAAAACUGAAGGAGCAUGUGUGGAACCUUGAAAAGCGUGAAAAGGAACUCCAGAUAAAAUUAAUGGAAGCUGAGAAAACCAACCAAGCACUUCGUGGAGAACUACGCGACCAAGAGGAACUUGUCCACCGCCUCAUGACCUUGGAAACAGAGAAUAAUGCCCUGUCUGUUGAACUGAACCAGGCCCAGGACUCCUCUCGCAAAAUAUCUGAAGCUCAACAGAAUGAGAGCUACUUAAGGGGUCGUGUAGAGGAGCUUGAAGUCACAGAAAAUAUGUUACGAGAAACCCUUCACCAAGCUGAUCUUAUUCUGGCUCAGAGAGAAAGAAAGCUUAGAGACCAGGUGGAAUGUCUUCAAGAGGAAGUACAGUCAUACAAGGCUCAACUAGAGGCUGCUGCAUCAAAGGAAUAUGGUGCAAGGGAGUCUGAAGUGUCUUACAGAAGGAAAAUGGAGCAGCUGCGUAACCGCUUAGCUGACACUGAACGGGAGCUGAAGGAAUCGUCCUCUGAAACAAUCAGUCACGAGACACAACAUCGGUCAGAGGUAACAAAGCUUCGUAAUCAGUUGAAGCUGUGCAACUCGCAGCUGAUGGAGCUCGAUCGACUAAACUGUGAAUUACGUGAUCGGGUAAUGGCGGCAGAAGCAGAAGGGCAGCGUAUAGCCAAAGAAUUAGACGAGAGUGGCAGAAGACAUGAGCAGGAUCUUCUCACUCUCAACCUCCAGGUAUCAUCACGAGAUUCUCAAGUGGAGGAACUUGAGCACCAGUUGGAACAGAUGAGUCAUGCACAUGCUGCCAGUGAGUUGGAUGCCCUUGCUGCAUCACCCAUUGCUACGCUUCAUUCUUCCCUCACUGCUCUCACCACAGCUCUUAAAAGCUGUGAGUCGUGUAAUGCAUCUCAGAGUAGCACUCUAGCUGAUGUGACAAAUCAGCUGGGCACUCUGGUUGAGCUUGUUGAGGGCCAACCCAGCAAUCCAAACCUGGAGGACAUUACUUCUGAUGCUGACGAAGACGACGUAUCAGAAUCUUAUGACACAGACACAGCAGAAAACUUGGUCAACGAAGCCACUACGACCCCCCCUCCCAACCCCGCCGGGGAGGGGCCCAGGGAACAGUCGAGCGGGGAUACUGUCAACUGCAUCGCCAGCGGAAGGUUCCAAAGAAAUGCCCGCAGGAGAAGCAGAAGGCGGUUAGAGGAGCGCAGCAGCAGAAGGCUGGUGUGCCCUCAGGGCUCCUCCACAAUCCUGGAGGAGCUGGAGGAGAAGGUACGGGAGCUGGAGGAGGCUGUUGGUCACAAGGAGGAGGAGCUCCGUCUUGCUGAUAAUGAGGCUUGUGACCUUAACAAUCAGUUACAGUCUCGGAAUGUUACCAUCCAGCAAAAGAGUGAAGAGGCGGAGCAUCUUAAUACCAUCUUGGCCAGCCUUCGCCAGCAACUGGUGCACACUAUGGAGGAUGCCGAGCGUGCACGACUCUCAGUCCAGGCCAAGCAUAAGGUGGACCUGGAGGAGUUAACAAAACGAGUGGAGCAGGCGACAGAAAAAGCUGAACAUUUGGCUCGCCGGGGCCAGCUCAAGGAUUCUAUCAUCUAUACACUUGCCUCACAGAUCCGUGCAAUCCUCAGAUCGGGCAACAUGGGCGUAAUAAUCAACCAACUGCGCCGACUGAGCGAGGUUGGCCAGAGUGAACAAUUACCAAAUUUUGGUAACAGAGAUGACCAACAGCUGACUUCUGUUACCCCGCUGCCCCCUGUGCCAGACUUUGAUGUUGAUGCUGUCUGCUCAUUCCUCAAUCAACCCAGUGAGAUGGCUUCCUUGUCUCAAUCUGCCAUCUUGAAUGGGAUGGAGCCAUCUAGUCACGUGACCCUCGAGUCUGACACCUCACUAGCUCCUUCUCAUAAUGAGUCGGAGCCCUCUAGUCACGUGACCUUCCGAGGCUCUCCUUCAUUGGCUCAGCGGAGAAAGUCUCGCAUACCACGAUAUUUGCCCUCUUCUGUGCCCAGAGCAAAGCCUGCACCCAAAUCCCUUCAGGCAAAACAUGUCCCUAAGCCCAUGCAAAAAAUUAAACGACCUGUGGUUUCUGUACCAAUGUUUGAGCCAAUUCCAUUGGCAGUGAUCAUGCCAGUUCAAGAGCAUAUGGCAUACCCUGUAUCAGAGCCCUUGAAAAUAGCUAAGCCUGCAUCGGUGCCUAGGCAUGAAAUAAUGCCUACUCCACCAAAAGCUACAUGUGCAUUCAAGCCCGUGGUGACCUCUACUCCAGCAAAACACACGGGCAGAAAGGACUCGACCAGACGAGAACGACCAACAAGAUUCCUCUCAGAUGCUCGGAAGAUCAAACGGAUGGUGACGGGCGUAGCACCUUUAGAUGCUGCUGUGGAUUGUGCAUCGGCUCCUGAAUGGCGUGAACGAUCACCCCUGAGCAGCAUGUCCUCGGAAGUAGAAGCAACAUGUGUGCCACGCCCACGGGAGCUUCAUAUUACACGUAGGGUUGGCGUAGAUGGGGUGGUCAUCGCAUGGGCUCCACUGGAACAUGACUGUGUAGCAGGGUUCCAGGUGCUAGUGGGUGGACGGGUUGUACAGCAUGUAAGAUCUCCUCAUCGCACAAAAGCAUUGGUAACAGGACUUCCACUGGCUGGUUCCUUCACUAUAGGCCUGGUCACAGUGGCAAGUGAUGGCCGAUGCUCUACACCCGUUAUUGUAACCCAAGACCGGUCAAGAGUGUACCCAGGCAGGAGUGUUGCUCCUCGCCCUUUGCGCAGAGGCAUCCCCACCUGUCUGUGACACAUUUCCCAGAAGUGCACCCGAGACCUGUCGGUAGCCCUUAAUCAACCCGCUCCCCUCCCCCGUCCACAAAAAUGCAACUAUUAAGAGGAAUGUUGGUAAGCUGCCAUAAAAGGCAUCUUUAAUUUGAGGUUUUUGAAGUGCUUUAAUAAUGUUAUAUAAUACAUUAUGACCUAAUGUAAGUGCCUUUUCAGCUGAUUAAGGUGAAUUUCUUUUCAUCAAAAUGGGAUCAGUGCCUUCUAAAUUAAGAAAAUAUCACCUUUAGAUGUUCCUAAUUAUUACUUGCUUAAGUUCCAGUUCCAAAUUUAUUUCUUUUGGACAUGAAACCAACAAAUUAAAGACACCUUUGAAUAUAACAAGAAAUUUUAUCGUGUUACUUAAAGCAAAGAUUUAAGCCGAGAUGACCAAUCAUUACUAAACAUAGGCGUCUCGCUUAGAUUUAACUUUUAGUAACAUUAAAGUCUUGGCAGCUCUCUGGUCGACUACCAACAAUUGUUUGCGCUCUUGUCUUGUCUUACCUCUGCAUUUAUCAAAAGAAAAUAUAAAUGUUUCAUGUUAUUAAGUCUUCCCACAUAAACAAGCCCUCUGUAUCAGUGGUGUGAAAGUGACAUAUCUAUUGGAACUAACUGAAUUGUGGUCUUUGUAAACCAGAAUAAUGGUUGGUGUAAAGUACCAUAAUUGUGACUAACAAAGAUUUGGAGAACAGUACCAAUAUGAGACAGAACAGUGUAAAGAGAUCGUGGUUUAUUGUGUGUUAGUACAGAUUGUACCAUCUUUACUAGUUGAUAUUUUGAAACCGUUUUUGCUAAUUUAAUCUAAGUUGUGAGAAGCAAAUGGUCUGUCGCAGUCAUGGACGUGAAGGUUUACUCCAUCAGUGUUUGGACAUUCACAUUACUUGUGUUAGUGGUGUUGAAAAAGAAGGAUGAUAUUGUUCUUUGGAUACAGAAAAGUUUGUACCAGUUUUAUCAAAAAGUCUUCUUUGUGCCAGAACACUGUUGGUGUUAAAACUCAUGUGCCAAGCAGCCUUUGAUGACCUACAGAAUUGUUUAGUCAAUUUAGCUCUGAAAGAUUUUGGUCUGGAGGAAGACUCUUACCUUUUGUAUGGUAGAUAAAGUAUUUUGGAGUAAUGCCUCGUCUUGGAGUUAUGCCUCAUCAGGAUUAAAUAAGAAAAGUGCAGAAUAUUUGAUGCUACUCUAUUAGGGUGAGAAUAAUUUUCUCUAAGCACACCCUACUGGAAAGGGUUUAAAAUCAAGAUACUUGUAUAUCUUUCUUGAGUGAGAUAGAUUUGAGAGGAAUAAUAUUUUGUAUCAUCUGUCACUUAGAACAGGUUACUCAUUGUACAUGUCAGACUCCAGACCAGAUGUUGAAGCAUGGUUAUUUAAGAAAAAGUGUGCAUGUGUGUCCGAUCAGUUUUGGGCUUGUGGUUGUUGUUUUUCCCCCACCCAUCCAUUUUACCUUUUGUCCAAGUUUUGUUACCAUUGUCAUUUUUUUUUAACUUUUUCAUAUAAUUUAUUAUAUACGUCUGAUAAUCACAAGAUAGUUUUUGAGCAAAAAAAGGCUCAUUACUUUUUUUUAUUCAUUUAGCCUAUACAGUCAUUUAGUAUUUGUGCAGACAAGCAUAAAAACUACAAAAGUAUUGUAAAUAAUUUGUAUAGUGCCAAACAAAAACUUAUUUAAAGUGAAUCUGAAAAUAGUUUCAAGGAAACUAUAGUUUUUAUUCAUUGACCUGUAAAUAGGAUUUGUAAUUGGCUAAUUGUUAUCCUAACCAAAUAUAAAGCAAAAUGAU